CAUUAAAUCUGGUCAAGUUUUUGACCACUACAAAAUUCCUUCAGUUAUUUCAAGGAUGUUGGGUAUUAGGGAAUAAUACCAAAAUCAUUGCACCAGGUGAAGCUAAUGACCCAGCACGUUUUGGGAGGGGUUAAAGGGAGAUAGGGCCCUUCGCCGUAUAUUCACAGGAAUGGGUGGCCCGUAUAGCAGCUUUCCAGGCCCACCAGGCCCUGCCCUCUGGCUCCUUCCCACUGCCUGGCCUGUGCCCCAGCAGCUCCUCUGGCCUACAAGGCCCCCUCAUUCCUUAGCUCUGAAAGCCUGCUUUUCAAGAGCCGCCGCUCCAGCUCAGCUCCAUCUUUCUCUUACUCGAUUCCUAGACGCUUAAUAUUUGAACCAGCUAACUUUACCUUCACUGACGCACGCACUGCCUCGCCCUGUUUUUCUAGGUCUCGAGCUAUUAUUUAAAACUCGGUUGCGCACAGCUGGUCACGUUACCGGGGUCUAAGUCGGACAGAGCUACCUGCGCCGUCCCCUAACCAUGUGAGCUCCGGCUCUGGCGCAGAGCCAGGGGCCGGUGUCGGGCCCCCGGCCGCCACGCCCGCCUUUCCGGUUGGGGCCGCGCAGCGCGGUCACGUGGCUGGAGGAACGGUGGCCAGCGCAGCGUGGAGACUCGGCCUCAGAUAACGUGUUUAUCCCUACGGUAAAGGCGGCACGUGGCUGAUGAGCAGGGAGGCGAGGCCGCCGAGUGAGGCAGAGGGGCAGGCCUGGGAAGCAGAGGACGAUGACAUGGCAGAAGGCGAUUUAGGGUAUGGCCUCAGAAGAAGGCCCGGCGGCAUUUAUGAAGUGCAAGUUUCACAUGUAUUUACAUCUAGAAAAAGAUCAGAUGGAAAGGCCUUUAGUCCUCCCCCGUUUUCAAGAAAUGGGGAAGAAAGAAACAGUGCCAUUUUUCAGUAUUCCAAGCAUAAGAGCUUGCAUGAUACAUACCCGGAAGGACCCCAGAUUCCCUAUCACGGCCGACAAAGUAGCACUGUAGAUUCUGAUUCAGAGUUGUCAAAUGUGGAAUUAAGGCAACGUCUUCAGGAAACUUUAGAGGAGGUAGAAAUUUUGAAAACUGAACUUGAGGCAUCUCAAAGACAUCUUGAAGGUAAAGAGGAAGCAUUGAGAAUUCUUCAAAGCAAUGCAAUAUUUGGCAAAGCCACAAGUCAUACCCAGGCAGUGCUUCAAAAAACUGUGGAACAAAAGAGAUCCUUGGAGAAGAGCCUGCCUCUUUCUGAUCAUCUCAUCUUCACUAAAAAGGAAAUAAAUGCCUUGCAGUGGGAAAUAGAAUUUGAUCGCAAUAGAUUUAAAAAUAUAGAGGAAUCUUGGAUCCAAAGAUAUGACAGGCUAAAUUGUGAAAAUGCAGUCCUCAAAGAAACUUUGAAACUGAAAACAGAAGAAAUUAAAAUGCUCAAGUCUGAAAAUACAAUUUUGAAUCAACAGUAUUUGGAGGCCCUCGCCAUGCUUGAUAUCAAACAGCAGAAGAUGGCUCAGGAAAACACAUGCCAGGACACAAGUGGCUUUACAGAGGUUUCAGGUCUUGAGCUUGCAGUCCUGGGAGCCUGCCUUUGUCACGGUCCCAGAGGGAGCCCCUGUACCUGUGCCAGACUGGCAGCAUCUACUCGGAAAAUGCUCCUUCAGGUCAAACAGGAGUUGGAACUUCUGCAGAAGAGUAAAGAAGAAGCCUACAUAAUGGCAGAUGCAUUCAGAAUUGCAUUUGAGCAACAAUUAAUGAGGAAAAAUGACCAGGCACUAAGAUUGACACAAAUGGAUAAAAUGUGUAAGAAAGCAACAAAAGGGACAAAUUGGAAGCACCUUAAAGAUGAUGGGUUACCAUCACAAAGGAGUAAGAAGACCUUAGGGCAGAAACUGUUGGGUAUGCUCCCUUUGGAAAACAGUUCUAAGAGUACUGGUGACCAGCAUGAUCCUCAGGAAGUCUUUAAGACGCUAACAGAUUUGUUAAAUGAUAAAGAAGAAGCUUUGGCUCAUCAAAGAAAAGUUAGUUACAUGCUUGCUCGGGCUUUGGAAGACAGAGGCACCACCUCAAAAGAGAAUAAAGAAAAAAAUCCUAUGAAAGACAAUUCUCCAUUAAAAAACCCCUGGCAGAAAACUUCAGAAUUCCCUGUUUUACGUGAUCCUGUACAUUCAAGUGUUCAAAUUUUUAAUUCUGUGGGCUGCAUUUGUUCAAUUCAGCACUUUCAAACAGAUCAAUACUACACAAGAACUCUUAAAAGAUCCUGUUCUUUGCCGUCAAAUAUCAUGUACUGAAGACAAACCAGUUGAAAUUAGAACUGAGAGCUGUUUAUAUUGAGACUGUGAAAAAGGACCAUGUAAAUGUUGCUACAUCUUCAGAAGUUGUGUUUUCUGGGUAUUCUAAAUUUGGGGAAGCAGCUUUAUAAAUGUUCUCUACAAGACAUUUAUUAGUAUUCUGUGUUGACAUAUUUAUAAAUUAUAUUACUAUAUUUUUGAAAUUUUCAGUAUUUGCCAACAUCUUAAAAACAAAGAAAUAGUGAUUUUGAGAAGAAAAUUAACUAUUUAGAUUGACUUAUAGGGACCUUUGGCUCAAGCAACAAGAGUGACUGUUAAUUUUUGGAAUACAUUUAUCUGGUUUUGUGUUUUUCUGGAUUUUUCAUUUGCCAUAUAAAGUUUAAAAAUAAUUUCCUUCACUUCAAUAAAAAAGUUAUUAUGGUGGGA